AUGCCCGACAUCAACCCCGCCGACCUGUCGUCGCGCCCAGCCGUCAGCCUCACCACGCCCACCCUAUCCAACAAGACAAUAACCGUAUCGACCCCCUCGACCGCUGCAAAGCCCAUCAAGACUAGUCAAAUAAUACCCGCCAGAAUCGACCUCGAGCCCAUAUAUGCCGCCCUAAAAUCCGCAAUCGGCAACGAGCAAUGGGCCACUUACAAAGAAGCUACAACCCAAUUCUUCAUCGGCCGACUCAACCAGACUGAGUACUCAGAUCGCAUCGACCCCAUAAUAUCAUCCCAACAUGGCGACAAGGAACACCUGCACAACCAGCUACUGGCUGCCCUCUAUGCCAAUGUCACCCGUGAGAUGCCAGAUCAGGGGCUGGCACCAUGGGUUAGCGCAAACGACAAACCUGCCAUUGGCACGGGAACCAAACCAGUGUCUGGCGAUGCGACUGAGAGGCGGUUAAAGGGACAGGUCAUGCAGUUGCCAAGCCGUGACCGCCGGCGCAUCAAGGAUCUACAGCAAAACGAUUUUGAUCCCUUCGAGUCUCUUGCGGGUGUUUUCGCAGAGCACUCGAUCAGGGCAAAGCGUCCCAGGCCGGCUGAAGAAAGUGUGGCCAGUAGCGGCCUGAACAUGAACCGGGAACAAGACAUCAAGAAGCGAUACCUCAAUCCCUUGGGCCUGGAAUCUGGCGAAUUCCCCGAUGGGAACUAUACCGACUCACGCAUGCUGCCCUAUUGCUACGAAGCUGGUCUCGAGUCCGCUGCACCGGACGCGGCGCAAUUGGUUUCCGCUGCCACCGAGUCGUUCAUAAAGGAAGUCUUGACCUCCGUCUUCAGUCGUACACGCAGCAAUGGGCCAGGUGAUUCCGGCAGUGCUGGAUUUGGCUCAACCUCAAGCUGGAUACAGACUCACAGGUACAAAAGACAACUGUCCCGCGAAGAAGAUGCGGUCAUGCGCGGUGAGGUCGCGCGGGACAAGUGCGGGUUGCUGCCCGUCGAAUCCAAAGCCGCGGGUGAGAGAGGCCCCCUCGGCAUCGCAGACCUGCAUCUUGCACUUGACAUUGCCGAUUGCGGCCUGUCCCAGUUCCCUAUCAUGGCCAGGUCGCUGCUCAACGGCUACCGGGAUGGUGAGCUGGAGAAUAUGAACGACCACUACUAUCUAGACGGGCGGACUCAGAUGACCUCGAAUGGUGUCGAUGGCGACAUAGCCAUGAUCCGGGCCCAAGAAGACAAGAAGCAACAACUUCCUAACGGUGUGCCACAUGAUGACCCGAUGGAAAUCGACGAUGAGUACUUCUGGGCCGGUGCGAAUGAUGAAGACUUGGAAGGACUGGAUGCCGUUCUGGACUCUAUAGGAGCCAGUGGUUGA